AUGUCACUUUUAAAGAGUUUCAUAAGACUCUAUUCAAAAUCAUCCAAAUCCGCCACUACUAAAUCUUCAUUUAAUAAAUUAAAAUUAGAAAAAGCUUUAAAUUUUUUACAAAAUGAUUCAAAAUUUAAUUUUAAUACUAUAACUGAAGAUGAAAAAUCAAAUUAUGUUAAUGAUUUUACACAAAUCUUAUCUUCUGGUUUAGAAAAUAAAGAACAAACUUCAAAUGUUAAACAUCAUUUUAAUCAAUCUUUAUUAGGUUUGAAUCAUCUUUUACAAAAUAAUACAUCAACAACCAAGAAGACAACUCCCUUAGUUAAACCAUCUCAAUGUAAUUUUGAUGAAUUAUCACAUUUAAUUAAAAAUGUUGAAAAUUCCGAUCAAUUAUUACAUAUAUUUGAUGAUUUAGUUCAUAAUAAUUCAUUAAAUAGUCGGAAUUUAAAAUUAAUACUUUGGAAUAAAAAUCCAAUAAAUUUAGAUCAUAUAUUGAAUAAGAUUGAAUUUAUAAAUAAUAAUAAUAAUCAAUAUGAUAAAUUAUUAAUCUUGGUUUUCUUAAAAGCAAGUUCAAUUAAAUCUUAUAAAAUUGUUAAUCAAUUAUUUAAAAAUUAUAUGGAUAAUUGGAUAAAUUUAAGAAAUAAUGGUGAAUUAUCACCUUUUUUGGAAAGAGCUUUAUAUCAAUCUUUAAAACAAAGUGGAUUAAAAUUAAAUGAUUUAUUACCAAUGUUUGAAUUCACUUCAACUCAAUAUUUAUUAUUAAUUGAAUCAUUACCAUUUGAUAUCAAAACUUGGAUAACAACAAAUUAUUAUUUAGAAAAUUCUUCAAAUUUUACUAAAAAUCAACAUAUUUUCAUCAAGACUUUAUUAUUCUUGGUUAAUAAAGUAAAAUUUAAUCAAAAUACUAAACCAUUAAUUACAAAAUUAUUAAAAAUUUCUAUAUCAAAUAAAAUUCAUAAAGAAUCUGUUAAUGAUGAACAAACUUUAACUAUACAAAAACAUAGAUUUCAUCAUGAUUUAACAAAUUUAUUACAAGACUUACAUAAUAAUAAUAAUGAUUUAGAAUUAUUAAAAAUAAUGGAAAUGUUGAAUGAAGAUAAUAAUGAAAUUCAACAACCUAUACUAAGAUUUGUCUAA